AUGUUUAUAUUGUGUACAGUGUCUGCAUUACGCGGAAAGCCAAUGAUGCAUUUGGAAAAUUGGAUGGACAUUUAUGGACUCAGCAUCAAGGAUACAUUGGUGAAGGUCAAAAGUUUUGGAAAAUGUUCGGAAAAAUUGCAGGUUAUGGAUAAAUUUGAGUACUUAGGAAGUACUAUAAACUUUACAAAUAUUUUUGAUAAUGAAAUUCCCCUCCAAAUCAGGUUUAAGAGAACACAAGCGCAGAUAUUACUCGGAAUCGAGUCACAGCCAUCAGGCGGAGGCGGAGACGGAGACGGAGGCGGAGACGGAGGCGGAGACGGAGGCGGAGACGGAGGUGGAGGCGAUGGUAGUGGUGGCCCCGGCGACGGUUAUAGUGUUGGUGUUGGAGACGGCGGCGGCAGCGGCGGCAGUUGUUACUAUCGUGGUGGCGGCAAUCAUGAAGAUGUUGGUAAUGGUAUCAGUGAGGAGGACGAUGACAAAGAUGACGAUAAUGAAGAAGAGGAAGAGGAGAGUGAUGGCUGA